AUGCCGCCGAGUGUGAACCUCGUCAAGCACUGGUCCAAGUUCGGCCCCGAGUUUGGCCGCACCUCGCGCCACUUGUCGCCGUACGAAGUGCACCCGGUGCGUAGCAUCAUCACGACAAUGCCGUACAAGACGGUCCGCAAGAUCAAAGAGAACGGGGCAGUGCUCAUCCCUGCGAUGCUUCUGCUCGUGGGGACCGUCAAGUGGGGGAUCAAAGCCAACGACGAGGAGCACCGCACGCACUGGAGCUAA